AUCUUUAAUAAAAGACUGGUAGUAUCAACUUGCUAAGGAUAUGUAAUAAAUGAUAAAUAUCAAGUGCUUCAGCAGGAUUGGUAACAUAUUUCAUGUCAGUUUCAUAUAUAUAUACAUGCACAGGUUUCAGUAGCUUCAUUUUAGUAGAAGCUAAAAUGGCAGAAAUGUUUACCAUUAUGAGCGCAGGUUUGACCUUUCUCAGUCAAGGUCACAAAAUAAAGAGUAUCUAUUCCAAAAUUGUGUGCUUUGAGCCGAUAGAAAGGAAGUUAGAUAUAACUUAUAAUGAGACAGUCUGCAGAACACAGGUUCAGGCUUCCUGAGAUCAAAAUCGGCACUGAUCCAUGGGUUAUUUGAUUGCUACAGGCUUAUAUAGGGAAACGCAUUUUAGUUAAUUUUGUUGGCCACAAACUCUGUGGAUUAUAGUUUCACUCAAUCAGACGUGUCUUUCCUUUUUAGCGUUACUACGCCUUUAUUCGCGUUAUUACGCCUUUGAUUCGCGUUAUUUGACCUUUCGAUUAACAUUUUAACGCCUAUAUUCUCGUUUUUUCACCUUAUUCGCGUUGCUACGAUUUUUUUGCAUUAUAACUCCUUUUGAUUCGCGUGCUAAUGCCUUUUGAUUCGCGUUAUAACGUCUUUAUUCGCGUUAUUACGCCUUUUGAGUCGCGUUAUAACGCCUUUAUUCCCGUUAUUACGCCUUUUGAUUCCCGUAAUUACGCCUUUCGAUUCGAGUUAUAAUGCCUUUAUUUGCGUAAUUAUGCUUUUUGAUUCGCGUUAUUACGACUUCUUUCGCGUUACUACGUGUUUUGUUUCGCGCUAUUACGCCUUUUUGCGUUAAUACAUCUUUUUUCGCGCUAUUACGCCUUUAUUCGCGUUAUUACGCCUUUAUUCGUAUUACUUCGCAAUUUGGUUUUUCGUAGUUUCGCCUUUAAUUCGCGUUAUAACGCCUUACCAACUUUAUAUUUAUUUCAUAUGAUACAUAUUCCAUUUUGUCUGAUUUCAAUAUCAAUUUCAAUAUUAAUUUACAUAUUAGGCUUUCAUAAUUUGGGACGUAAGUUAUUGGCACAUUUUUUAAAAUUCUUUUAGGUGCCAUUCAUCCAUGUCAGGUGAUAUGAUUAAACUUAAGAUAAUUCAAGACGUAUGGCUGAAUUGAGAUUUAUCCAAAACAUCAUAGUAUUACACCGAUUCAAGGACACCGAGCAGACAACAGUUUAUUUAACAUUAAAGGAUGGCAGCAGAUAAAGAAGGAGUGCAUAAACAAAAUGCGAAUCAGAUUCAAUUUGGGACAAAUUUGGAGAUAAAAGCUUUGCACCAUAUUCAAUUUCUAAAACGCGUCAAUGACUCCAAUUAUUUGAAGGAAAUAUCGGUUUUGAAGAGAGAUAUUUACAGGUACGAGAAAUACUGGCUCCCUCUGGCGGCAGAUUAUCCGGCAGAAUGCUUAUCAGCUCCGCUUGGUAUCGCUUGGGUCUGGCACUGUCAUAUGUUGUGUCCAGUAGCAUAUGAAAAUGAUUGUAUAUCAAUUGUUAAUCGUCCGAUUAAUCAUGUUCUCCGUGACCCAAAAGAUUUCCAAACUGCUCAGUUGAGAUCACAGAGCUACUGGUCACGGAAAUAUCAACACGACCACGAACCAUUCCACAUGGACUAUUCAGCCCCAUAUGACAACAGUGUCAUAGACUCCUUCCAAUCUAAAUUAUCAUAUGAUCUUCUGGCGGCUGCACAGCGUCAAAUGACGUUCUACUACCAAGUAUCACUUCAACACUAUCAGGAUCCAAUAUUCUUACGAAGCGCUAUCAUUCGCUACCGGAUGUUUAUUUAUUUGAAAAUGCAACUUCCGGACGCGUUCCUGGUUCCAUGUUACGACAUUGACCUAAUGUGGCACACUCACCAAUUGUGUCCAUCUGUAUAUAAAACUGACAUGUACCGUUUACUUGGCAAAAUAUUAAAUCAUGAUGAUUCUACUACUGAUAGAAGUCCUGGGUCUAAGCUUAGCAACGCUUCCACUGAAACAAGUCAGCACUGGAUGAUUUUUUAUAAUGAGUCCUUCACCCUUUUUGGCGCCAUGUAUCGAGGAAAGCCACCAGCGGGCAUUCUCUAUAAAAUAACCCCAGACCGGAUCAUGUUGAUAUCCUCAAAGAGAUGUUUUAUAACCUUUGAUUCGAUUACACUCACGCUUGAGCAGAGUUCGCGUAAAAGAUGCAAAAAUGUCAGUCUGAACAUAUAUCGAGGUACUAGAGAUGUUCAACAGGGCAAAAUGUUAAAAUUGAAGAGACCUAAAAACUGUCCUCUUGGAAGUUCACAAAUAGUAUGGUCCAAAAUAAAAGGGAAACAUGAUUUCAGCUGUAAAACAUCAAACAGCAUCAAAUUUUCACUUGAAGAAAAAAUUGGAUUGUGUCCGGGAUCCAAAGUUAUACACGGGUCGAACUUUGUUCCGAUUCUUCAUCACAUAGAUGCAGAACAAAAUUUACAAACAGGCGAAGAAUUCUACGAGAGAAUUAAUCUCGGCCAAGGUAUGUUAUUGUGGGUUAUUGGGAAGACAUCUCGACCAGUUCGUGAGGGUGUAUUGCUUACAGUACAAAAAGGAGAUUACAAAGUUUCGUCCGUACCAGAGAAUAUACAGGAGUUGGGCCCGGUUUCUCUUGAAAGGCUUCCUCAAGGCAAGGACAACAGAUGUCAGUUUGCAUCUCACAGCCUGUAUAACCAUGCAGGGAAAAGGAAAUUUACAGUUUGUACUAUUCAUAGUGCUCCACUCGUUAUGUCAGUAGUUCAAGUGUUCUAUCAUGAUAAAAUGAGCGCCAUUGCACACUUGAUUGCCUCAGAUCAGCUUCCUUUGCCAACACAGAUAAAAACUAAAGGCAAAACGAUUGUAACUCUUAACCCGAAACAAGGCGAAAGGGCUGUACUGAUUAAGAACAGUGAAGGAGAUUGGGGCAUUGUAACGGGACGCUGGGAUGGAUUUAGACGAGGAAUCGAACCCGAGAAAAACGGGGGAAAAGAACUGCAUGGUUCACCCGGGACUCUCAUUAUCAAGUUCUACAAUCUUGUCACCAAAGGAAAACCCCGGACGUUGACUCUUGGAUACAAUUGUAACAAAUAUAACUUCAAUUUAGCUUCUUCUGACGUUGACCUUAAAACAGGGACAAUAACUAUAGAAGACCCAAACUGUGAAGAUGUGGCUGAGAACAUCGCUUUAGCAUUUUCGGUAUCUUUGUUACAUGUUUUGUGCGUUCCAAGACCCAAAGGUUGGAAGGAAGGACAACAGGUAAAACCACCUCCGCUAAAGAGAGGAAAAAUAGAUGUUAAAGGCAUUCCUUCGGACGACAUGACCCUAAUACUAGCGGCAGGGCUUCUGAUAAACUCUCCCUCGAAUUAUUAUUUCCAUAAUCUCCAUGGUGAAAAUAUGUGCGCAAUGUGCGGAGGAGGUGCAAUCAGAUAUAACAUAAAUGACCCGAGGCUACCUUCGAGUGAACACGGUCAAGGUCAUUCUGGUACAGGUUGUGCAACUGCGAGUUCUGUGAAUGGCCAUGGCGCAGGAUGUGGAGGAUGUCAUGUCGCGUACGAAUAUGGUGACGGGGGUUGUGGCGGCGGUUGCGGCGGAUGUGGUGGAUGUGGAGGAUGCGGAUAAUACUCAUACAUCCUUACAUGUGAUAUACGGACAUGUUUCUUGGACCUUUUUAUCAUGGCAAUAAAAACGUACAAAAACAUUUUUAUGGUACUUUGACGUAAGAAAUGUUAUAUUUGUUAUAUUGUUUAACUAUUGUUGAAAAGGUUAUUUGCUCAUGGAUGACCUGACAAUUUUCAUUAUGUUCUUUUAGUGUUUAUUUUUCAUUAUACAUAUUUCAAUGAUGAAAUCAUGAACUUCAGUUAUGCUAAGAAAACAAACAACAACUUAUUUUUAUUUGACUGUGAUUCAAAUCAUUUAUGGAUGAGUAAGAAAUGCAAUCUUAUUAUUUUUAUAUUCUGUAUAAACAUGUUGAUCAUACUAGGUCAAUUCGUUUAUUGUAGGGGUGUGUACUUUCAAAGAAUCACAAUAAUUGAUAUUUUUUGUAAAAUACAAACAUUCUAUUAAAGAGGCGAAAACAAUAAUUUGUUACCUUCUUUCCU